UAAAUUAGGAGAAUUGGUUCAAGAUAGUCAUGCCGAAGUAUUGGCUAAACGAGGAUUCGUAAAAUUUAUCUUGAAUGAAUUAGAAUUGGCUUUAACAUCCGAAUCAAGAUAUUUUCAGAUUAAUGAACAUUUUAAUAAUGAAAAAGAGAUCCAGGAACAAAUUGGAAACUACCCAUUUUUAUUAAAGAAUGAUAAAUUGAGUUUUCAUAUGUAUAUCAGUCAGGCUCCUUGUGGUGAUGCGUCAACAAUAAGCUUAGCUUCAAAUCAAUCAUUAGAAGAUGUUGAACUCUAUAUGAAUUCAUAUAAUCAUUUAUCGCAACAAAUCUCCCAAAAUUAUGACCGCGAAGUUAACAAGAAUUUGAAUAUGCAUGACAAAAUUUAUGUAGCGAAAGGAAGGGAAGGAUUUAGAAAGGGAAGAAUUGAUUAUGACUCUUUAGGAGUUUUAAGAACCAAGCCUGGAAGGGUUGAUUCAGAACCAACUUUAUCGAUGUCUUGCAGUGACAAAAUAGCACAAUGGAAUGUCGUUGGUUUACAAUCUGCUCUAUUAUCUGAACUUAUCUCCCCAAUAUAUUUAUCUUCUAUCGUUGUGG